AUGCCUCCAAAUCUCGACAACACCCUCGCAGCAAUCCUCUCAUCCCGCCUCUCCCAAGGCCGCCUCCGCCGCCUCACCACCCCAUCCUCCGACUCUGUCGAUUUCUCUUCAAACAGCUACCUGUCACUCUCCUCCAAUCCCGCCGUCAAGGCCGCCUAUGUGUCAUUCAUCCUGCCCCAUCUGCAGUCAUCCGGCUUCGGCCUCGGGUCCGGAGGCUCUCGCCUGCUAGACGGCAACUCGGCCUUCACAGAGGACCUGGAAAGAAGAAUUGCCGAGUUUCACGGGGCUGAUGCGGGAUUGCUGUUCAAUUCGGGGUUUGAGGCUAAUACGGGGCUGUUCGCCUGCGUGCCGCAAAAGGGAGAUGUCAUUGUAUACGACGAAUUGAUCCAUGCGAGCGUUCAUGAUGGAAUGAGAUUAAGCAGGGCGCAGAGAAUCGCCUUUGCGCAUAACAAAGUAUACGAUGCAGCUGCGUCAAGCAAAUACCCAAGCCUAGACUCUCUGUUGAAAAGUCUAGCACAAGACACCCAAGUGUCAAGCGGCAAGAAAAACAUCUUCAUCGCUGUUGAAGGCGUCUACAGCAUGGACGGAGACCUCGCACCUUUACAAGCAAUCGUCGAAUGCGUAGAGAAAAGGCUACCCCGGGGAAACGGCUACGUGAUUGUCGACGAGGCGCAUUCCACGGGGAUAUUUGGCCGCCAAGGAAGAGGUCUCGUCUGUCAACUUGGGCUCGAAGACAGGACAUGGGCUCGCGUACAUACUUUUGGCAAAGCCAUGGGCUGUUCCGGAGGUAAAUUUCUCUUCAAUCCUUUUCUGCGCAUAUAUAUGGAUGCUAACAAGAGCUGCAUAGCCAUUGUCCUCUGCUCUUCCACGACGAGAUCCUACCUCAUCAACUACGCCCGCAGCUUCAUCUACACCACAGCCAUGGCCUUUCCCUCCCUCGCCAGCAUACGCACAACCUACGACUUUCUCGCCCAAGGCCACGCAGACUCUCUCGUCCAAAACCUCCAAUCACUCAUCCAUCACAUGCACACGCUUCUCACUCAGCUCAUUGAACGACAUGGCCCAUCGCCAGAACUCUUCCGCAUUAACCCCGAGGCACCGCAGUCGCCCAUCCUGCCGCUGCUUACGAGCCGGGCAAGGAAUCUGGCGCAAUACUGCCAGGAGAGAGGCUUCACUGUGAGGCCAAUUGUAGCGCCUACUGUUCCAGCAGGGCAAGACAGAGUGAGAGUGUGUUUGCAUGCUGGGAAUACGGUGGAGGAAGUAGAGGGACUGUGUAGGGCAGUGGAAGAAUGGGUGACGGGGGCUAUAAAAAGUAAAUUAUGA